CGGAUCGCUGACGAAAACACGGAAACGCGUUAGGUCUUGUGUCAAUCGGAACACUGUGUCUGAACAUAUCAGUUACCAUGCAGCAAGUCAGAAUGAAGUUCCUACGGCAGAAUAUGUUGAAUCAGUCGAUACUGCAAAAGUAAUUGUUCCGAAAACUUUUCAAAGUAAAACUAAUUGUUCAAAAAAUGUCAUCAAUAAACAAUUUAAUAAUUCGUUACAAAAUAGUUCACACACUGAGGAAAGGUGGUUCACUUGUGACAAUUGUAGAAAAAUGUGUAAACGAAAAAGUCUCUUAGUUAAACACAUAAAAACUCACGCUGAAGUAAUGUGGUUCACAUGCAAGAUUUGCCAGUACAAAUGUAAAUAUCAAAGCCGUUUGAAGACGCAUAUGCGAAUUCACACGGAUGUAAAACCUUUUACGUGCAAGUUAUGUGAUUACAAAUCUGCAUACAAUAGCAGUCUAGUGAGGCACAUGAGGACCCACACUGGUGAAAAGCCUCAUUAUUGUACAUCAUGCAAAUACAAAUCUGCCACUAAUGGUGACUUAUUAAUUCAUAUGAGAACUCACACUGGCGAAAAGCCAUUUAUUUGUAUGUUAUGUGAUUACAAAUCUGCACAGAAUAGCAGUCUAGUGAGGCACAUGAGGACCCACACUGGUGAAAAGCCUCAUUAUUGUACAUCAUGCAAAUACAAAUCUGCCACUAAUGGUGACUUAGUAAUUCAUAUGAGAACUCACACUGGCGAAAAGCCAUUUAUUUGUACGUUAUGUGAUUACAAAUCUGCACAGAAUAGCAGUCUAGUGAGGCACAUGAGGACCCACACUGGUGAAAAGCCUCAUUAUUGUACAUUAUGCAAAUACAAAUCUGCCACUAAUGGUGACUUAGUAAUUCAUAUGAGAACUCACACUGGCGAAAAGCCAUUUAUUUGUACGUUAUGUGAUUACAAAUGUGCACAGAGUAGUCAUCUAGUGAGGCACAUGAGAACCCAUACUGGUGAAAAGCCUCAUUAUUGUAAAUUAUGCAAAUACAAAUCUGCCACUAAUGGUGACUUAGUAAUUCAUAUGAAAACUCACACUGGCGAAAAGCCAUUUUCUAAGUCUAGCUCAUACGUUUCAUAGAAAAAAGAUGAACUUGAAAAUAUAAGAACUGGAGUGUUUUUAACACAAUUAAAAUAUCAAUGUUCUCCUGAUUAUGCAUGUGUAUUAUUAUACUUACCUACCUAUCAUUUACCUGAAACAAGAUAAAGUUGAAAUCUAAAAUCAGACUGCGAUCAUCUUAAUAAACUCUGAAAUAUUAUAGUAAAUUUUUUUUUCUGUCGCUUGGUAUAUUUUAAUGUUGUAGUACAUUUAUAUUUAUGAACUCAGAAUUUUCUCCUCUUUCAUUUGAUAUCCCACUCGAUAUAA